AUGUUUGGAUUCUUCAUGGCCAAACAUAUUUUAAUAUCACAUGAAGUGACGACUUUUGGCAAAGAUUGCGCUUUUUCUAUGCAUGACCUGAUCAUUGAACUUCACAUCAACAUUAAACUGCUUGUUUACUGCAAAUUAAUUCCUGGUAAUCAAAAGAAGCAAGUUCAUGAGCGAAAAGCUGAAAAGUUCCGAACUAAAAAUGACAGCAAUUUAAAAGACAAGAAGUUGAAAGACAUGCAGGUUUUCAAGGAGUUUAUUUAA